CCGGCCGCCCUGGCCAUGGCGUUCUCGGAGCUCCUGGAGCGAGCUGGGGGCGUGGGCCUCUUCCAGACCCUGCAGGUGCUCACCCUCCUCCUCGCCUCCGUCCUCCUGCCCUCCCACAUGCUCCUGGACAACUUCUCGGCAGCCCCCCCGGGCCACCGCUGCCGGGCCCACAUGCUGGACAGCAGCUCUGAGGCCCCCGCGAACCUCACGCGGGAGGCCCUUCUGCUCAUUUCCAUCCCACGGGGCCCCAACCAGGAGCCCCAGCCGUGUCGCCGCUUCCGCCACCCACAGUGGCAGCUCCUGGCGCCCAAUGCCACGGCCACCAACUGGAGCGAGGCUGCUACGGAGCCGUGCGUGGACGGCUGGGUCUACGACCGCAGCACCUUCACCUCCACCGUCGUGGCCGAGUGGGGCCUGGUGUGCGGCCGCCAGGGCCUGAAGCCCGUGGGCCAGGCUGUCUUCAUGGCCGGGAACCUGCUGGGCGCCCUGGCCUGGGGCCUCCUCUCCUGCUGGUUUGGGCGGAAGUCCAUGCUGAGCUGGUGCUGCCUACAGGUGGCCCUGGCCAACACCAGCGCCAUCUUUGCCCCCAAUUUCCUCGUCUAUUGUGGCCUCCGGUUUCUGAAUGCCUUCGGAUUGGCCGGCAUCAUCCUGACCUCGACGACGCUCAUGGUGGAGUGGACCACCACCCGCAGGAGGGCGGUCACCAUGACGAUCCUGGGAUGCACCUACUGCACAGGCCAGAUGAUCCUGGGUGGUCUGGCCUUCGCUCUGCGGGACUGGCGAGCCCUCCAUCUGGCCACGUCGGCGCCCUUCUUUGCCAUCUUCCUGAUAUCCUUGUGGCUGCCGGAGUCCGCACGCUGGCUCAUCAUCACGGGCAAACCAGAGCGAGCGCUUGAGGAACUGAAAAAGGUGGCCAGGAUAAACGGCCACAGGGAGGCCAAGAAGGCCCUGACCAUAGAGGUGCUGAUGUCCAGCAUGGAGGAGGAGGUGGCCUCUGCGAAGGCCCGCCCGUCGCUGCUGGACCUGUUCCGCGUGCCCGUUCUCCGCCGGAGAAGCUGCUGUCUGUUAGUGGUGAACUUCUCCCACAUGAUCUCCUACUACGGGCUGGUCUUCGACCUGCAGAACCUGGGGCGGGACAUCUUCCUCCUCCAGGUCCUCUUCGGGGCCGUGGACUUCCUGGGCCGGGCCACCAGCAACGUCUUGCUCAGGUUCUUCGGCCGCCGCGUGGUCCUGGCCAGCGCCCAGGCCCUGGGAGGCCUCUCCAUCCUGGCCAACGUGCUGGUCCCACCAGAGAUGAGGCCCCUGCGCUCAGCCCUGGCCCUGCUGGGGCUCGGGUCGAUAGGGGUGGCCUUCACCUGCAUCUCCAUCUACACGGGGGAGCUCUUCCCCACCGUGCUCAGGAUGACCGCCGUGGGCCUGGGCCAGAUGUCGGCCCGAGGGGGGGCCAUCCUGGGGCCCCUGGUCCGGCUGCUGGGUGUGCACCACCCCUCCCUGCCCCUGCUGGUGUACGGGGCGGUGCCGGUGCUGAGCGGCCUGACCGCGCUGCUGCUGCCCGAGACCCAGCACCUCCCGCUGCCCGACACCAUCCAGGAUGUGCAGAACCAGUCAGGAAAGAAGGCAGCACACGGUGCCCGGGGGCCUGCUGUCCUGAAAUCCACGGAGUUUUAGGUUCCUGAGAGCCUGCGAGGGGCCGGGAGGAGCCUGCUGUCCUCCGCUGACAGGAGGAGAGCAAAGGCCUGGAUUUCCAGGGGGUCCGGGGACUGCCCCUCCAGCCAGCCCUGCUCUCACCGAGGAGCCGCCUUCAACACAGAAAGGGCAAAGGCUGGUUUGAUUGGCAGGAGGCCACUUAACCUUCACUCGCGGGUGCCAAGAGGAGCGAGGCCGGGCCCGGGGGACGGGCCAGCCUGUCGCUCCCAGCUGCCCUCUUGCUGCCCGGGCUCAGCGGGCUCCGAGGGGAUCGCCACCCGUGUCAAAGCCUCCCAGCUUCUCACCCAGCCCGAGGGCUCUCAGUGAUGGCAU